AUGGCCGAAGCGGACUACACCCUCUACUCCUACUUCCGCUCCUCCUGCUCGGCGCGUCUCCGAAUCGCCCUCAACCUCAAGUCCAUCCCCUACACCACGAUCCCGACCAACCUCCUGAAGGACGAACACCUCUCGCCGUCCCACCGCGCCCUCAACCCCUCGGCCAGCGUGCCGCUCCUCGUCCAUCACGCUGCCGCCGCCGCGGACUUCAAGGUGACCCAGUCCGUCGCCGCGCUCGAGUACCUCGAGGAAGCCCACCCGUCGUCGACCCCCUUGCUGCCCGGGGUCGACGACCCCAGGGCCCGCGCCGUGGUCCGCAGCCUGGUCAACAUCGUCGCCUGCGACGUCCAGCCCGUGACGAACCUGCGCGUCAUGCGGCGCGUGCGGGCGCUCGGCGGCGACGCGGAGCGCUGGAACCGCGAGCUCACGGCGGACGGCUUCGCGGCGUACGAGGCCGUCGCGAGCGAGUGGGCCGGCGCGUACUCCGUCGGCGACCACGUCUCCCUCGCGGACGUGUGUCUGCUGCCGGCGUACUGGAACGCCGAGAGGUUCGGCGUGGAUCUGGGCGUGUAUCCCACGAUCGCGAGAAUCGUGGGGAAUCUCAAGGAUUACGAGGCGGUGGUGAGGGCGCAUUAUUUUAACCAGCCGGAUACUCCCGACGAGCUUAGGAUGAAGUAG